UGUAAUUCAUAGAAUUAUCAACGAUAUGGAUGCAUAUAUUCAUCGAAUAUAUCACAAAUUGGCUAUCUGGGUCUGCGAGCAGUGCAGCGCGAGGAGAAGGAGAAGUAGCUGAAGCCGAUUAGUGAUGUGAUACACGCGAAAGGCUAUUAUACACUCAGUUCAGUUCAUCUGAGAAGUAUUUAUGGCUAAGAUAGGCACAGCAGCUGCUAAACUUAAAGUUAUUGCCAAGACUGGCAAUAUGACAGAAACUUUUGUUAAAGGAAAGCAAACUAUUAAGGCUUUUGAGGAGAGGUUUAAGGCUGCUGCGGCAGAUAGUGUUAACAUAAGGAUGCAUAAGGAAGAAGAACAAAGAAGGAUACCUUUGAAGGACGUAGUCACACUAUGUACAAAGCGUUGGUUUCAAGAUACUUUGAAGGAAGCAAGAUCAGGUGAUGUAGGAAUGCAAAUUCUUGUUGGGCAGAUGUAUUGUAAUGGCUAUGGUGUUCCCCAGAGUACACAGAAGGGAAAAGCAUGGUUCCAGGAAGCUUCAAAAUCUAGAUUAAAAUAUUUGGCUUUAAGUUCCAAGCCACCAGGUUACAAUGCAAGUGAAUCAGAUUCGGACAAGAAGGAUAAUAAGAAAAAAUAGUUCUAAGUAUGCAUGCCCCCGUGAAACCAACCCAUGUAAAUUGUUUAGCUUGAAUGUGCAAAUAAGCCCUUUAAAAGGAGCUCGUCUUUGUAAUAUAAACUGUUUGCCUCUGUUUAUACAUUGUCAUGCUGCAAACUACUGUACUGUUUCGUUUAUUUACCAUUUUUCAAGUUUCUUGGCCGAUUUGGUCAUAUAAUUGUAAAUUGGCAGACAAGUAAAUGUAAGGGUAUCUGAUGGGCAUUCGAGUUUUAAUGAUUCUUUUUCCGAGGGAGGCAGGUGAGGGCUAGGGUGGCAGUUGCGGUGCUGCAAUUGAUGCGGUGUACUCCAAUUGUGUUUGAAGGUCCUAGACAGCUCGUGGGUGGGAAGCAGAUGUCAGUUUGUCUGCAUAGAUGAUGUUUAAGGUAAGAAACAAUAAUUCAGGAGUGAAUAUGUGUUGAAAUAUUUACAAAGUUCAUAGGCAUUGUUAACAAUUGACAGUGUAACUGUAAACCCUUUGGCUGGUGAUGUGGAAAUUGAAAUGCUAAGAAUUCAGGCU